AUGAGCGUGCGCAAGGCGCAUAAUUCAGGCCGAAACCAUUUGCGGAACGUCGUGGAGUACUAUCAGCAAAUCGGCCAGGAAAAGGCACAGUCGGUCAUCGAUUCGAUCACCUCUUCCUACGCUGCUGAGGGACAGCUUCCUCCGAAUCCCGCCCUCGCUCCACCGGGAGCAUUCCCGCCGCCAUUUGGCUUUCCUGGUCAACCAGGUCAAGUGCCUCCUCCUUUUGGAAUCCCUCCUCCAGGUGCUCCCGGAGCUCCAGGAAUGCUGCCUCCACCUGGUAGCCAUGGUCUCCCCUUCCCUCCGCCUUUCCCCCCAAAUGCCAGCGGCACUCCUCCUACUGGGGGUUUCCCGCCACCACCCUUCCCCAACAUGCCCCCAGGUUCAGGAUUUCCGCCGCCGCCAGGUGGCUUCCCGCCAAACUUCCAGAUUCCCCCUCCUGGUGGGCCGGGCGGAUACCCUCCACCGCAGAUGCCGGAUCAGCAAGGCCACGGCCCUCCUCCGGGUGCAUCUGGCUCUCGUGGGCCGCCUACUGGUCCUCGCGGGUCAGAAGGAUACGGUCCACCUCCGGGAUCUGGAGACCGGUGGUGA